AUGUGGCACUAUAGAUGCCACCACACUAAGGAAGAGAGACGAGAACCAUGUGGCACUAUAGAUGCUACCACACUAAGGAAGGAAGGGAGACAAGAACCAUGUGGCACUAUAGAUGCUACGACACUGAGGAAGGAAGGGAGACGAGAACCAUGUGGCACUAUAGAUGCCACCACACUAAGGAAGGAAGAGAGACGAGAACCAUGUGGCACUAUAGAUGCCACGACACUAAGGAAGGAAGGGAGACGAGAACCAUGUGGCACUAUAGAUGCCACCACACUAAGGAAGGAAGAGAGACGAGAACCAUGUGGCACUAUAGAUGCCACCACACUAAGGAAGGAAGGGAGACGAGAACCAUGUGGCACUAUAGAUGCCACGACACUAAGGAAGGAAGGGAGACGAGAACCAUGUGGCACUAUAGAAGCUACGACACUAAGGAAGGAAGAGAGACGAGAACCAUGUUGCACUAUAGAUGCUACGACACUAAGGAAGGAAGAGAGACGAGAACCAUGUGGCACUAUAGAUGCCACCACACUAAGGAAGGAAGAGAGACGAGAACCAUGUGGGACUAUAGAUGCCACGACACUAAGGAAGGAAGGGAGACGAGAACCAUGUGGCACUAUAGAUGCCACCACACUAAGGAAGGAAGAGAGACGAGAACCAUGUGGCACUAUAGAUGCUACAACACUAAGGAAGGAAAGGAGACGAGAACCAUGUGGCACUAUAGAUGCCACGACACUAAGGAAGGAAGGGAGACGAGAACCAUGUGGCACUAUAGAUGCCACCACACUAAGGAAGGAAGGGAGACGAGAACCAUGUGGCACUAUAGAUGCUACGACACUAAGGAAGGAAGAGGGAGAACCAUGUGGCACUAUAGAUGCUACGACACUAAGGAAGAGAGACGAGAACCAUGUGGCACUAUAG